AUGAUUAUUCUGCGACUUGACAUUGCGAGCCUCGAGUUAGGUGAACGAACAGCAGUUGGAAAUGCAAAAAUAAAGUUNUGCAGUGAUGUUCUUGAAGCCAAGCAGCUGAUGUCCAAUAUUUCAUUUGAUUAUUUGAUUCAUCGAGCGUUCUUUCAAUGGGGAUUACUUGCACAUCGCUGUCGUCUUAUUCUCUUGCUCGCACCAAUAGCGUUGACCGCAUUGCUCAGCGUUGGAUUCAUCUUUAUUCAACAACAGACAACAAUCGAUCCCCUGUAUGUGUUUUCACCACAAAGUGCUCCAUGGCGACAUGAGCGGGAAGUGCUCAGUCAGCACUGGCCUCUGAACGAACAGGAGUUUUGGCCAGGCAAAAGUUAUGAUUAUCAGGGGUAUGUUGAUAUUAUCGCUGCGGGUAAGAAAGAUCGUGAUAGAGGUCGACCAAAUAUGUUGAUUGCUAGUCAUCUGAAUGAGUUGGAACGCAUCAAUCAGUAUAUUAUUCACAACUUGACUGUGCCAAUAAUGCACAAGGGUCGAAAAUAUGAUGUUGGAUUCACUGAUUUAUGUAUGUCAUACGAUUGGAAAUGCUAUCUCAAUGACCACAUUACAAUGCUGAUGCCAAAACAUAAAUGGGGCGAUUUCCGAGGCCAACUAGCUGAACUGGCUAAUGAUAUUAUCACAACUGAGGUUAAAGUAACUUAUCCAAUCGGAUGGCGAGGGACUGAGCCGAUCUACUUCGCAGCUCUCAUAGGUUCUCCUCACUUAAUUGAUGAAGAAGGUCAUUUCGAUUAUGUGAGUGCCGUACGUUUGACAUAUAAUGUGCGUGAGGAUAAAGUUGGUAAUGUGAGUUAUUUAUGGCGCAAGAAAGUGGCCGAUUACCUCUCGGAUACUGUUAAUCCGGCUUCAGGAAUACUCGAAUUUGGAAUGUAUCACAAUGAGAGUUUACCCGAGGGAUUGCAAGAAGUUGCCGAUACUUUAACACCAAAAUUUGCGAUAACAUGCACCAUCCUAUUCACCUUAUGCGGUCUCAGCUGCGUGGUACUAUUGAAUCAUAACGGCUUCUUUGCACCAGAUUGGGUACGGAGCAAACCGUCGAUCGCACUGGCAGGAUUGUUCUGUCCGCUGUUGGCCAUCUUAAGCGCAUUUGGUGCGAUUCUCUGGUGUGGAUGCCUUUACAAUGCCAUUGUUAACGUUUCGCCUUUCAUAGUUUUCUGUAUCGGCGUAGAUGAUAUGUUCAUAAUGAGUGCUGCAUGGCAUCGAACAAACCCAGAACUCACAGUUGCUAGACGACUCGCUGAAACACUUUCGGAGGCUGCGGUUGCUAUUUCAAUAACGUCAAUCACCGAUAUGCUUUCAUUUGGAAUCGGUUGCAUCUCAGCACUUCCAUGUGUUCAAAUGUUCUGUCUGUAUACAUUCGCUGGAAUCGCAUUCACAUAUUUAUAUCAGCUAACAUUCUUCACCGCCGUUAUGGCUUACGCUGGAGAAUGGGAAUCUCAAGGAUUACAUGUAGUCACGCUAAGGCCUGCUAUUGAUCCACAAGAUGCUGAUACGCUAUUCAAGCGACUUUUCAUGGUUGGUUCGUUACCACGGAACGACAGUCUUCAACGAGCUGAUAAAGUUGCACCACAACGAAAAACGCCAAUGCCCAUCAUACAAAUCACAUCACCAAAAGGGUUGACCAGAGCACCACCGCUUCCGUCGAAGAGUCAUUCUGAUUCAAUUAUGGAACGAAUUAAUGAAGCGUUCAUCCGUCUCGAGAAUAAAAUGGAUCAUUCUGAUAAGGAACUAAACUCUCAUCACAACCGUGAAACAUUCAUUUCCAAAGUGUUCCGUGAAAUAUAUGGACCGUUUCUUCUAACCGGUUCAACGAAAAAAGCCGUUCUCUUCAUUUAUUUGAUCUAUAUAUCGCUCGCAGUACUUGGUUGUUCAAUGGUCGAAGAGGGUCUCAAUCCAAAGUUUCUUGUGCGGGAAUCUUUUUAUCUGAACAAGUUCUAUGUCCUUAUGGAUGAAACGUUCUGGAAUGAAGGUCUUCAGAUGCAAGUGGCUGUAAGUUCACCGCCAGACUUCUUCAAUGAAACUGAUCGAAUGAAGUUUCAACAGAUGAUGGAUGAAUUUGAAAAUACCGAAUAUACGAUGAGCCAUAAUGCGACUAUGUUCUGGUUGGAUGCCUACGAAAAGAAACUCAACGAUGAACUUAACGAUUUGAAAAUUCCGCUUCCAAAAACGCGAGAAGAAUGGUAUGAAAGAUGCCGCGAUUGGCUGAUAACAGCCGGAGGACGGCGACUGUGGGAAAAAGAUAUGGUUUGGGGAAAGAACUCAUCCGAUCCUGACGAUUACAAUCAUCUGUACGCAUUCCGAUUUCAACUUGGUCUACGCAAUUAUCGUACCCCAACUGAUCACAUGCGAGGUGCAAAGUUGAUGCGUCGCAUUUGUGCGAAAUAUCCACAAUUCAACGUCACAACUUUCCAUGAAUAUUAUCCAUUCGCUGAUCAGUACAUCGAGCUGAAACCAGCAUUGAUUCGUAACUGCGUUCUCGCAAUGAUCUCAAUGCUGAUCGUUUCUUUCGUCAUGAUUCCGAACUAUUCUGCAGCGUUCGCGAUUGCUGGUUCAAUAUUCAGUAUUGAUUUGGGUGUUAUCGGUUACAUGACAUUUUGGGGUGUACGACUGGAAAGUGUCUCCAUGAUAACUGUGAUAAUGAGCAUUGGCUUUGCUGUCGAUCUGUCUGCGCAUAUUGGCUAUGCAUAUGUGAAAGCAAAAGGGAAUAGUAACAAAAAAGCAGUUGAAGCACUUGAAACUAUUGGAUGGCCAGUAUUUUUAGGUGCAUUCUCAACUGUGCUUGGCGUACUGGUGUUGGUCACGGUUGAUGCGUACGUUGUUCAAAUAUUCUUCAAAACAAUCUUCCUCGUAGUCGUAUUCAGUAUGAUGCAUGGACUUAUAUUUCUACCGAUUCUGCUCACUGUCGCCUUGCCGAACGCAAACGAUCGUCAUGCUGAGCAUACAGAUGCGCCAUCUACCGCUAAUGAUAUCGGAAAGAAUAUAUAUGAUAAACCUGAGAAGAAAGCUGUUGACUUCGAAUGUGCUUCAAUCGAUGCACACAGCUUCGCUGAAAUUGACCUUACAGAUCCAGUUGACGAUGAUAACAAUAUGCGGAAUACUAACUCCGGGAAACAAAAAGAAAUUCGUUUCAUGGAUGAGGCUUCGCUUUCCAUAUACGUUCCUACUCAGGAGGUUGACAAAAUCCAUUUACGAGAGAUUCGUCCUGAUUUGAAGCAACCAUUUGAUAGGUCAAGAGCUGAAGGACAACACAACUCACGGGUACAGACAGAUGACGCAGAUGCAAAUAUAGAUAACAACAAAACGGACUGCCAGGUCACCGGAGACUUGGACGAGGUGGAAGAGUAUGAGGAAACAGAAGGCGACAAGAGGAGAAAAUUGGAAGUGGAAGCGUUCGAAGAGGCAAAGAAGCUUGUUGUUAAUUGUGAUACGCAGUCGGGUAUUUCUGUUUAG